CACUCCCCUUCUUUGGCCUGCGUUUUUUCCAACUCGCGUCAACUUUUCUUUUAUUCUACUCGAUUGACGCUGACAGUGACACUGACACUGACAAUCCUCUUAUUUCUGCUUGUCGUUUGCUCUUCCGUCAUGCAACCUUGACCUCCAAGAUAUUAACCUCGACGCCCUGUCGAUUAUCCCACACCCCUUCUACAGUAUCCCUAGUGAAUCCUCGAGUUCUUACUGCUGCCGUGUACCUUUCAGCCUCACCGUCUAAUUUCUCACAAUGGGACUGUUCAACCGAAAAGCCAAAGCUAGCCCAGCCACGGCUGCAGACAAUGGUCGCAGGGAAAAGGCAGAGGAGCCCCCGUCGGCUACUGCGUCAACUGGCACGACCACUCUCCCUCAAUACAACCACAACGGUCACAUGGUCACACCUGGGGUUCAACCAGAGGGGGAGAGUGGUCGAAGAGGGGUUGAGCCGGGCAAAUUCUUCAAAAUCAUAUGGACAUCGUCAUGCACCGUCUCCAGCUGGGUCAAUAUUCUCUGGCCCUUUGUGCCCGCCGCAAUUGCUCUCCAUUUCAUCCACGGCGAUCAUCACCUCUGGACGUUUGCCGUCAACUACAUUGCCAUGGUACCGGCCGCAAACUUGUUGGGUUUCGCAGGACAAGAGUUCGCCCGAAAGAUGCCCAAGGUGGCAGGGAUCUUUAUCGAGACUACUCUGGGGGGCAUCGUCGAGAUUGUCCUGUUCAUGGUCCUCAUUGCAAAGGAUAAUGGAACCGGGGAGGCCGGUCAUGGCAAUAAAAUUGCGGUCAUACAGGCCGCCAUCCUCGGGUCCAUUCUAACGAACCUUCUUCUCUGCCUGGGGUGUUGUUUCCUGGUCGGCGGCAUCAAGCACAAGGCACAAAAGUUCCACCCUAUCGUCAGCGAAGUCGGUUCGGGUCUGAUCCUCGUGGCUGGGUUUGCUCUGCUGAUCCCGUCGGCAUUCUUCUCGUCAUUGAGCGGCAGUACAGUCACCAGUGGAGAGGGCUACACGGAAUCCAGACUCCGCAACGACACUCUUAGCAUCAGCCACGGCGUCUCGAUCAUUCUCAUCGUCGCCUUUCUCUUGUACCUGAUUUACAAUUGCUUUUCACACGAUAACAUCUUUGAGGAAGUCCUCGAGGCCGACGAACAGGCCGACCGAGACAGGCACUCAGAUCUUCGAAAGGCCAAGCUGACCAUGACCGAAUGUGUUCUUGCGAUUGUUCUCUCCUUGACCAUCAUCUCCUUGCUGGCUGUUUUCCUGGUCGAGGAGAUUGAAUAUGUCGUGGAGCAUGGCGUCCCGGACAACUUUCUUGGUUUGAUUUUGGUUCCUCUGGUGGAAAAGGCCGCCGAACACCUCACUGCCAUUGAUGAGGCAUAUGAUAACCAGAUUAAUUUCGCUCUCUAUCACUGUCUAGGGCCUUCUAUCCAGACGGCCUUGUUCAAUGCUCCUCUCGUGGUGAUUGUCGGUUGGGGUCUGAAGAAGCCAAUGGACUUGAACUUUGAGAUCUUUCAGAUAGUCUUGCUCGUGCUCGCCAUCCUCGUGGUUGGUAAUUUCCUCCGAGAUGGGUCGUCGGACUAUCUGGAAGGAUCGCUUUUGGUGAUGGUGUACAUCAUCAUUGCCUUGACGGCCUGGUAUUAUCCUAAUGCGGAAUUGACCACUUCGAAUGGUCGGACACCUGCGACGGAAAGUGGUGGCGAAGGAACCGAAGCGUUGUUACAAGCUGCGAAGAUGUUGAUGACUUAGAUAUUCCUGGUUUGAUCGAGGCCGCCGAGACAUAGGAUACGUUAUGUUGACAGCAUGUUAUGUCCGAGUAUGAAUAUCCAAGCGAGGUGUCAUGGUGCUGGUGCAGUGAUUUGUCUUUUGGUAACAUGCAUUCGAGAGCUG